AUGAAUAUUGUAGGAACGUACUCCUUGCUUUUUUUGAAUCUCAUAGCUGUGGAACGUUAUAGGAAAGUAUGUCAGAGAGUUCGUGUCCAAUUUAGCCAGCGAACAACUCGCGUGCUCUGUGGAUUAAAUUUUAUCGUCAUGCUCAUAGUCUUCAUCAUCCCGGGAUUUAUGAUUUUUGGUGUUAAUCAGCAGACAACAAAGACUCAUUCAUUGCCCGGUUAUAAAUGUUCAGUGUUGAAUCAGCUGAAGAAAUCAAUGUUUGUACGGGUCUACGGAGGAUUUAUGUUAUUAACGUUUGUCACCAGCAUCACAAUUUCAAUUGUGUCGUACAUUUUGAUUGGUAGAAGGAUAUAUAUUCAUCAGAAAAACAAUAUCACUACACCUGCACGUGACCCAGACAUGAAGCGAGAUAACUCGGUGGCGAGUAAAAGUGACAAAGUCGGACAGUCAACUGAAAAAGAAAAGGCAUUUCUAAAAUCAAUGCAUGAAAGGAAAAGAAAGAAGCUUGUCAAAAGUAGAAAUGUUACUAAAGUUUUCUUAGUGGUGUCCGUUAUCUCGUUCGGUGUUUAUCUCCCUUACCUCUUAACCACCGUAAUUAGGAAUAUCAACCCACGUCUCUAUCAAAACUUUGUGGAUAAUAAUGGAUCUCUGUCUUACUUUAUAAUUUGGAUGAUUUUCCUUAACAAUGCUAUUAAUCCAAUUGUAUACGGUUUUAUGGAUAGAAAAUUUCGACAGGAACUAUCGGCAUUUUACAUUCAAAUGAAACGCUGUUUAGUUUCUUGGAGGCAUGGCUGA